CAUACUCAUGUAAAGGAGAAAAAAGGACAGUUUUGAUUCUUAAUACACCCUCAGACUUUCUGGAAAAGGGAUAGUUGUACCAAUUACAAGUAAAACCACUGCCCAAUAAAAAUAAAGAGACAGAAAAAUCACUUUGCAAAUUACUCUUAACAUUCAACGGAUUUCAGAAAUGGAGAUUGGCUUAGCAGUUGGUGGUGCAUUUCUCUCUUCAGCUUUGAAUGUUCUCUUUGAUAGGCUUGCCCCUCAUGGUGAUCUGCUCAACAUGUUUCAGAAGAAUAAGCAUGAUGUUCGACUCUUAAAGAAGCUGAAAAUGACUUUGGUUGGCCUUCAGGCUGUGCUAAGUGACGCAGAGAAUAAGCAGGCAUCAAAUCAACAUGUGAGCCAGUGGCUUAAUGAACUUCGAGAUGCUGUGGACGGCGCUGAAAACUUAAUGGAACAAGUCAACUAUGAGGCUUUGAGGCUUAAGGUGGAAGGUCAGCUUCGAGAUUUUGAAGAAGCAAGCAACCAGCAAGUAAGUGACCUCAGCCUGAGCUUGAGUGAUGAUUUUUUUGUUAACGUAAAGGAGAAGUUGGAAGACACCAUUGAAACAUUGGAGGAUUUGCAAAAGCAAAUUGGUCUUCUUGGCUUAAAGGAGCAUUUUGCUUCGACUAAAAGAGAAACUAGAAGACAUUCAACUUCUUUGGUUGAUGAAUCUGAUGUCUUUGGUAGGCAGAAUGAAAAAAAGGAAUUGAUUGACCGUUUAUUGUCCGAGGAUGCAAGUGAAAAAAAUCUGACUGUUGUCCCAAUUGUUGGAAUGGGGGGCGUGGGCAAGACAACACUUGCUAAAGCUGUUUACAAUGAUGAGAUGGUGCAAAGCCAUUUUAAUUUGACAGCUUGGUUUUGUGUGUCUGAGCCAUAUGAUGCUUUCAGAAUAACAAAAGGGUUACUUCAAGAAAUUGGCUCAUUGCAGGUUGAUGACAAUCUUAAUCAGCUGCAAGUCAAAUUGAAGGAAAGCUUAAAGGGGAAGAGGUUUCUCAUUGUUCUGGAUGAUAUAUGGAAUGAAAACUAUAACGAGUGGAAUGACUUGUGGAAUGUUUUCGUUCAAGGAGGUAUUGGAAGUAAGAUCAUUGUGACGACACGUAAAGAGAGUGUUGCCUUGAUGAUGGGAUCUGAGCAAAUUAGCAUGGACACCUUGUCUAUUGAUGAUUCUUGGUCUUUAUUUAAAAGACAUGCAUUUGAAAACAUGAACCCUAUGGGACAUCCAGAAAUUGAAGAGGUCGGAAAACAAAUUGCUGCUAAGUGCAAAGGACUGCCCUUAGCUCUGAAGACGCUCGCUGGAAUGUUACGCUCCAAAUCAGAGGUUGAAGGGUGGAGACGUAUUUUAAAAAGUGAAAUAUGGGAGCUGCCAAACAAUGACAUAUUACCAGCGUUGAUGUUGAGCUACAAUGAACUUCCCCCACAUUUAAAGCCAUGUUUUUCCUAUUGUGCAAUAUUUCCUAAAGAUUAUCCAUUUAGGAAAGAACAAGUUAUUCAUCUGUGGAUUGCUAAUGGUCUUGUACCACAAGAAACAAUUAAUGAUUUAGGCAAUGAAUACUUUCUCGAGUUGAUAUCAAGAUCAUUGUUUGAAAGGUUUCCAAAUCCUUCUCAAGGAAACACAGAGGAUUUCUUAAUGCAUGACCUUGUCAAUGAUUUAGCCCAAGUUGCAUCUUCAAAACUUUGUGUCAGGUUGGAAGAGUGCCAAGGAUCUCAUAUGUUGGAACAAAGUCUGCACAUGUCAUAUUCAGUGGCGGAAGGUGGUGACUUUGAGAAAUUGAAACCGCUCUCUAAGUCAGAGCAGCUGAGGACAUUGCUUCCAAUAAAAAUCCAGUACCUUUACCGGCCAAGGCUAAGCAAGAGGGUGCUGCAUAACAUACUGCCCAGGCUAAUAUCUUUAAGGGCAUUAUCAUUGUCAUAUUAUGAGAUUGUGGAGCUGCCGGAUGCUUUGUUUAUCAAAUUAAAGCUCCUCAGAUUUUUGGACCUUUCUCGGACAGAGAUUAAAAAAUUGCCAGAUUCUAUAUGUGCAUUGUACAACUUGGAGACGCUUCUCCUGUCAUAUUGUACAGAUCUUGAGGAGCUACCGCUGCAGAUGGAGAAGUUGAUCAACUUGCGUCAUCUUGACAUAAGAAACACUUCUCACUUGAAGAUGCCGCUACAUCUGAGCAAGUUGAAAAGCCUCCAAGUUCUAGUGGGAGCUGAAUUUCUUCUAGGUGGCCCCUGUUGUUGGAGAAUGGAAGAUUUGGGUGAAGCACAUUACUUGUAUGGAUCUCUAUCAAUUUUAGAGUUGCAAAAUGUGGUUGAUAGAAGGGAAGCUCAGAAGGCAAACAUGAGGGGGAAGAAUCAUGUUGAGAAGUUGUCGUUGGAGUGGAGUGAAAGUGAUGCUGACAAUUCUCAAACUGAAAGAGACAUACUUGAUGAGCUAUGCCCACACACAAACAUAAAAGAACUCCAAAUCUCUGGAUAUAGAGGGACACAAUUUCCAAAUUGGCUAGCUGAUGAUUCGUUUCUUAAGCUGCUAGUACAGUUGUCUCUUAGCAACUGCAAGGACUGUUUUUCCUUGCCAGCACUAGGACAACUUCCUUGUUUGAAAUUCCUUUCCAUUAGAGGGAUGCAUCGGAUAACAGAGGUGACGGAGGAAUUCUAUGGUAGUCCGUCCUCCGAAAAGCCUUUUAACUCUCUUGAGGAGCUUGAAUUUGCAGAGAUGCCUGAGUGGAAGCAGUGGCACGUACUAGGGAUCGGAGAGUUUCCUGCACUUCAGGACCUUUCCAUUAAAGAUUGCCCCAAGUUGUUGGGGAAGUUGCCUGAAAAUCUUUGUUCUCUGACGAAAUUGAGAAUCUCAACAUGUCCUGAACUCAAUUUGGAGACACCCAUCCAACUUUCAAGUCUAAAGAGGUUUGAAGUUGAUGGUUCUCCUAAGGCUGGAGUUCUCUUUGAUGAAGCUGAACUGUUUACAUCCCAACUUGAGGGAAUGAAAAAGAUUCUUCUCUUAGAAAUUAGUUAUUGCAACUCUCUUACCUCCUUGCCUAUUGGCAUUCUGCCGGAAAUUCUAACAAUAAGUAUAUCUCGUUGCCGGAAAUUCAAAUUGGAGGCACCAGAUAGUAGUAAGAUGAAUUCUAACAUAUUUCUGGAGGAAUUGUUUCUGGGUGAAUGUGAUUCUAUAUCAUCACUUGAGUUGGUCCCAAGAACACGCUAUUUGAGGGUAAGUGAUUGCCGAAACCUUACUAGGUUUUUGAUUCCUAAUGAAACUGAAAUACUCGAUAUUAGUUCGGUGGCAUGUGGGACCCUGAUGACGUCAUUGCAUAUUUUCGAAUGCAAAAAGCUGAAGCGGCUGCCAGAACGUAUGCAGGAACUACUUCCAUCUCUUAAGGAACUGCGACUGUUUCUUUGUCCAGAAAUAGAGUCCUUUCCUGAUGGAGGAUUGCCCUUCAAUUUACAACUCCUUGAGAUCAACAAUUGUGAUAAACUUGUGAGCGGCCGAAAGGAGUGGAGUCUACAGAGACUCGCCUAUCUCCGAGAGUUAGUCAUCUACCACAAUGGCAGUGACGAAGAGAUUGGUGGUGGUGAGAUUUGGGAGUUGCCUUGCUCUAUUCAAAGGCUUACCAUAGGCGAUCUGAAAACAUUAAGCAGCCAACUUCUCAAAAGUCUCACCGCUCUUGAAUCUCUAGAGAUUCGUAAUUUACCUCAAAUUCAGUCACUUCUGGAAGAAGGGCUUCCUUCCUCUCUUUCUGAGCUUUAUUUAUAUGACCAGCAUGAGCUCCAUUCACUACCGACUGAAGGUCUUCGGCACCUCACAUCGCUUCAAAAUCUAGAAAUCAGCAAUUGCCAUCAACUCCAGUCACUUCCUGAGUCAGAGCUUCCCUCCUCCCUCUCUAAGCUGACCAUCUACAUUUGCCCUAACCUCCAAUCCCUUCCGGUAAAAUGGAUUGCGUCUUCCCUCUCUAAACUAUCUAUUGGCCAUUGCCCAUUGCUCAAACCACUCUUAGAAUUUGACAAGGGGGAGUACUGGCCAGAAAUUGCUCACAUCUCCACCAUAUAUAGUGAUGGCGAAUGUCUUUGAUGAUUAAAACCAAAUUAUGCUCUCACAAAUUGUGGAGUGUCUAUUGCUCAAACUGUGUCUUGAAUUCGACGAGGGGGCUUACUAGCCAAAAAUUGCUCAUAUUUCCACCGUAAAUAUUGAGUGGGAGUACUUGUAUGAUUAAAACGAGGGGUGCAUCGAUAGAUUGAAGCCGAGGAAGCAUCUUCAGAUCAAGAUGAAAUCUUUAUAUUUACACCAAAAUACUGAAAAAUAAAUCUACUUUAGACGAGAAUAUGACUUUCCAUCAUGAAAACUGGUCCGCUUUUUUCUACAUUUUUCCGUCUCUUCUACAGAGAUAAAGGGUUCAUCAAGCUUGAAAUUUAAGGAACUUGGAAGAGACUUUGAAUGUCUGUUCCCAUUAUUUAAGCCCAGAAUAAAUUCAAGGUUAGAUUACAGAAAAACGAUUUAAUCAUGCUUCAGUUACAACUCUUAUUUUGUACUAAUGGUGGUUUCUGUCACAAACAAAGGGAACGGGGAGAGUAAAGCUAUAAGGAAAUUGCAGCUAUAAAUUGCUACAAAGAAACUGCAGUGAAGGGAAAAGCUGAAACUUUCUUUUUGUUUUCUAUUUUCUGGAUGGCCUUUUGGGUUGGUUACAAAAGGCUAAUGUCAUCCCCUAUUUAUACUUGUGUAGGGAUGAUUCUAGAUACUACAAAUCUGGAGUAUUCUAUCAUCUUCCACAAAUAUGUAACACCCUCUAAUAUCUAGUUCUUUCCUAAAUAUAAAUAUCAAAUUGACUACACUAUUCUAGAUUCUUCAUACCUAGAAUAGCCUAAAUAUCUAGAUAUUUCUUCAACAUGAUUAUUCUAGAAAUUACACUAGACUAUUCUAGAGACUUAAUUCCAAAAAAUCUACUUCAAUAUUUUCACACCCCCUAAAGUGAUUUUUUGGAAGCUAUCCCAAACUUGUUGCAGAAGAACUCAAACGAAGCUUUGAACUAUGCCUUGGUGGAAAUCCUUGUACUUUUUUCUCGACUCCUCUUUCUUAUUCAAAUGAUGAAGAUUUCUCGUUAUUGAUUGGCCCCGCAAAGAUAUGUGUACCAACAAAAGUUUUAUCUCUGUAACGUACCGACUUCACAAUAUUUCCUUUUGGUCUUUGUGAACUAAGUGAUUCAUCUCCUUGUCGAGUUUCAUGUUGUUGAGUUUCCGAGCUCCCCUUUCUCUAAACUCCUCAACAACUAUAUUCUUUGGAGAAUCAUUUUUAUUAAUCAUGGAAAGCUCCUCCUCCACUGCGGAAAUAUGUUUUGCUUAUUCCCUGUUAUAAGACUACAUCAAAGCUUCGAAAGCAAAAAUUUUGAAGGAAAAUUUUCAUACUCAGUUCUUUUAAUGUCUAGAUAACUUGACAGUUAAUUCCAUGGUAUUCGCCUUUGCAAGUUACUCGGACACUUCAAAAAUGUCUACGGGUGCGUGUCGGAUUCUCCAAUAGUGUCGGCAAUAUUUUAGGAGAGUCCGAGCAACUUAGCCUUUGCUUGCCUAUUAGCUUGAUUUGGCAUUUGAUCCAUUGACAUUGUAGGAGUUGUUCAAUCGUUGAGCUGCAUAUUAAUCAUUGACAUAAUCUCCAGUCGCUUCCAGAACUGACUGACCUCUUCCAUGUCUAAACUAUGUAUUUCCAACUGCCUGUUGCUCGAACCACGUAUAGAAUUUGAGAAAGGGUAUUACUUGUCAUAAAUUGCUUAUAUCACCUACAUCGAGAUUGGUUGGGUGUACCUGCAAUGAUUAAAACGACUGGUACUCUGAUAAAUUUAAAUCUUGUUGAGUAGCAUGUAGCGUCUAUCGCCACUGUGAAGCUGAGGAAGCGUCUUGAGAUCAGCAUGAAAAUUGACAAAAAAGGCAACAUGUUGCAACUACAGAAAUUCUUAUACAUCGUGAGCAAAAAAGACUAAGAGUCUCUGAAGUCAAGUAGAACAUCCAAGGUCCAUGUGGAAGAAAAUUCUGGUUCCUAUAUAUCAAAAAUAUGCAAGGAUUUUGGUAACAAUAUGUUCUUAGCUCAGUUGGUGAAAGGAAAGUAACCUUGCUUCGUUAGGAAUUGGCAGCUAUUUCAUGAAUUUUGAUUGCAAUAGCAAUUCUUGUAUUCUUGAAGUUUACUUGAGCAAGGAAGAGGUGUUUGGGGUAAUGAUUGUAUCCAAUCAGUGUAGAUAAAGGAGUUGUUCAAUCAAUUUGCGGAAUCAUUUGGAAGAUAUAUUUUGCCUAUUCCUUUCCGUUGAGCAAGGAAGAGGUGUUUCGGGGUAAUGAUUGUAGCAAUCAGUGCCAAUAAAGAUCUUCCCUCAUCGCUCUUUGUUCUCGUAAUCAUUAAUUUCCUAUAUCUGAACUAUGCGUUUAUGGCACGUGUAGCUUGAACCAUGUUUACACUCUAGAAAGGAGUUGUUCGUUCAAUUUGUGGAACACUUGGAAGAGCAUGUAUUUUCGGUAAAAUGAAAUCUCAAUUUCACAGUUAGAAUUGAUAGCAUAACCAAGAAAGAGUCAUCUCUUAUUAACUCUUCUAGUCUUAGCGGAUGCAUAUAAGCUUUUCAAAAUACGACAGAGUAUUGCAAUCAAAUGUCUAGAUAACAUGACAGGAAGAGCAUGAACUGUCAAAAGCUAUGCAAUCAAAAACUGCAGUUCUUUUUCACCAGCAGAUGUCUACUUUGUCUUCCUUGAGAUGAAGCAUGCUUUGCUGCACAUGGAGCAUACGGCUCUAAUGGAACCCAAAGGAUUUUGACAAGGCUCAGUCAUUAUUUGGGAAGUAAAAAGUUUUGAAGGUAUCUCUGCUCAAGUUGUAGAAUCUUUAACCAGUAUUUUAUUCUCAUGUUGGAUUGAACAUCAGAGACUAUGGAUGUGAUAGCUUGUAUUGUUGGCUUUUAGUUUUUUGAUUAGGCUUGCACGACUUUAAAAUGUGUCACAAAGGUUGAAGGAGCGCUUUUUUAUAUACUAACAAUCAACGUCUCAUGUGACAUUUGUCUAGAAUGUGACAAUGACUUUCUUCUCAUUCUGAAUAUGUCAACGAAAAUCAAACGAUGGCAUUGUCACAUGUAACACAAGAGACGUACUGUACAUUUUGGUCAAAUCUUAUGAUAUGUUUAUGUGUUCUUCUGGAA